CUUUCAGCGGCUCUUUUCCUCUUGGUGCUGGCAGGCUACCCGACACUCACAGGCGUGUCCUACCUGGCAUCUUUCAUCGCCAAGUCGGUUGAGAUAUCGUACAUACUGCUCUUCUGCACGUAUACCGCUUUUGCCCUGCAGGCGGGCACCCUGAACAUGAACUACGUGCUGCUCCACUGGCUGUUCACGCUGUUUCCGCCGUACGCCUUCUCGUCGGGCGUGAUCAAGCUGCUGCUCCUGGACGCGGACAACCACAUGUGCCAGGAGUACUCGAAGGCCACGGACGGCGUGCAGGAUCUGCUGCGGGUCGCCUGCGACGGAACGCGCGCCGAACGCGCGAAUCUCGAACUGGCGGCCAUCGACAUCUGCUGCCAGAACCGUGACGCCAACAGCGGGCCUCCGUACACGCUGAGCCCGUUCGACCUGCACGAGCUGUGCGUCGGCGUCAACCUGCUCGUGCUGCUGAUCGAGGGGAUCGCCAUGUUUGUGGUGGUCGCCUUCCUCGACUCCGGCACCCUGUUCACCAUCCGGAACGUCUUGGCAGAGAGGAACGUGCACACGUUCAACGAGAUUCUGGACUCGGACUUGGAGAACGAGGCCCGCGAGGCACCUCGAGUGGCGACCAUCCCGGGUCUCGAGAAGCACCCGUUGGUCGUGUGCGACAUCUGGCGCUUCCUGGCGCUGACCCGGGCGCCGCAGCUCAAGGCCAUCAACCUGUGCCUCACCGAGGGCGAGUGCUUCGGUCUGCUGGGCAUGCACGGGUCCGGCAAGACGCUGCUCCUCGAGGUGCUCAGCGCGCUCGCCGUGCGCUCGUCGGGCAACGCCUACAGCCAGAAGCAGACGCUGUCCUCGUCGGCCAGGAAGUGGCAGUCCCAGAUCGGCUACUGCCCGGAGACGGGCGGCCUGCUUCAGGGUCUGGCCGUGGGCGACCAACUGUCGCUGUUCGCGCGGCUGCGCGGCGUUCCGCCGGCGUACCAGGAGAGUUGCAUUAACAGCCUACUCGGGGCCUGCAACCUGAACGACAAGAAACUCGACUGCCCCAGGGAGUUCAGCAUGUCGGACAAGCGCAAGCUCUCACUCGCCAUCGCCCUGAUCGGGCCGCCCAACCUGGUCUUCCUGGACGAGCCACUCAAGGGCGUCGACGCCGGUACUCACCAGAGGCUCUUCGACAUGCUCAGGCACGUCCGCAGCAGGUCCAAGGCCACCACCAUGAUCUACGCCUCGGUCAGCAUGCAGCAGCUGGAGUAUACCUGCGACCGACUGGCCAUCAUGGUGGACGGGCAGCUGCAGUGCAUUGGAACCAUCGAGCACCUGCGCGACAAGUUUGGCCAGGGCAUGGUCAUGAAGAUCCAGCUGGCCGCCUCCGAGAAGGAUCGCCACAUCGAGGUGCAGCCCGUCAUGACAGCCCUUUUCCCCGACAGCCGCAUGAUAUUCUCCCACCAGGGGCUGCUCAGCUUCGAGAUUUGCGAGAAGCGUCCCUGGAGCGAGGUCUUCUCGAGCGUGGACCUGCUGAUGCAGGGCUUCCGCUGCGAGUACGUGCUCGUCUCUGAGGCCACGCUCGAGGAAGUGUACAUGGCCUUCGCCAAGUAGCGACGACGGCGGCGCCCUCCAUCCGAGCAACAUUCGCGCCACAUAGGCGCGUCUCCUCCGUCUGCCAUUAUACGUGUAUAUAGUUUUUUUUUUCUUUUACGAGUUUUGAUAUAAAGGCGAUUUCAUUCUUGGAUGCUCGAACGGGCCUCACCAGGACUGCGAGGAUUUGAUAGGAGAGGAAGUGCACAUGCAGAACAUCGUGCGCUCCCAGUGAGUGCGCGGACGGUACGUGCUACUGCGCAACGGUGACAAGUGACGCAAUUAAGAUACUGCUGAGAAGAGCUCAAGUGACACGCGAGGACAACGUGCUGCUCGCAUACGUGCGUCACUCACGCAAGCAUCUGCAGCGAGUGAACCUCAUUUUAACGAGGACGAAA